AUGAUGCUAAGUAACCUAGCUCCCGCAUUUACCUUUCAGCUCAUGUUGAAGUCAGGCCAAAGCUUUAAAAGGGGCGAUAUCAUCGUGACGGAUACCACCCUAGCCCAUGCUCUCAAUGAAUCCGAAAUGACCAAUUACUGUGCCUACUGUGUAACCGCGUCAGACAACCUGUUACGCUGCGCCCAGUGCAAAAGUGUCUACUACUGCAACCGUCAGUGUCAAAAGGCCGGCUGGGCAUUCGGUCAUCGUGGUGAAUGA